GCCAGUGUUACCCAGCACCAAACGCCAACAUGGCUCGAUUCCAUAGCCCUAAAGAAAUCGAAGAGUACCGGGAGUGUUUCUACCUGAAUGCUAGGACUGGUGCAUUAAUCAGUGAUGACCAACUUAGUCAUGUUAUGCGUUCACUAGGACUGAGCCCGACACGCCGUGAAACCACCAAGUACUUUCAGGAAAAGGCUACGAACAACAGAGUGGAUUUUGCUGGCUUUCUGGAUAUUAUGCAUCAGCAUAACGCCAAGGAGGAUGUUACAGGGGAGGUGAUAGCAGCAUUUAAACUCUGGGACAGGCACAAUCGUGGCUACAUAUCUGCAAGAGACUUGAAGCACAUUCUCAGUGAUUUUGGAGACAAGUUAACAAAAAGAGAGGUAACGAGCAUCAUGAACGAGGCAAACAUUCAGUCCAAUGGUCAAGUACGCUAUGCGGAGCUUCUCAGACUACUGCAGGCGCCGCCCCCAGAUUACCUCUAGAACUGGCAUCCUGCCUGGUCGUAGAGUCUAGAUGUUCACAUGGGGAGGUAACCUAGACAAACCUUGCCAUGUUUGAUCAUUUGGAAUCGUGCAUUCCAACUGUUUUGAGGAGUGAGAUGCCAAGAUCAUAUAAAGAAGUUGAAUGCAGCGCAUGAAUGCACUUGACAUCUAGUAAUCAUGCAUUCCAACUGUUUUGAGGAGUGAGAUGCCAAGAUCAUAUAAAGAAGUUGAAUGCAGCGAAUGAAUGCACUUGACAUCUAGUAAGAUUUCUAAUGGCAACUGAUAGUAAAUUUUUUAUUGACCAAUUGGCAAGGUAAUGGUAAGGUAAAAAGGUAAGGGGGUUGGUUCUAUUGAAGCUUAUAUGAGAACCAACAACCCUUCUGUAAAGAACUCUGCAAAUCUUCUCUUUUUAUGGUUGUGAAUAUUAAGCUGGGUUUACACUGCCAACUUUGUGUUGGCGAAUUGCCGAAUUGUACCAACUUCGCAAUUUCGCAACCGA